CUGUGGUCCAAGGUAGAGCCGCUGCUUUAGUCCGACUACGAACCUCUAGCGACAAUCUUCCAGUGGAGGGGAGGGGGGGAGUUAUUUGGAUACAAAUCUGCAGGAUCCCCCCCUCUAAAAGCGACCAUGUUCGAUGGGAUAUUGAUGGUUCAACCACCGGCUGUUCCCCACAGAGGAGAAACUUUUCCUAACUUUCCUAACCCUAGUUGCUAAAGUAAGCUAACCCGUUAGCCUCACGUCUUGGAAUGCCGUGGGAAAGUCGCAUGGACGCCGCAAACUGACAGAGGAGCUGUCGCUUUAUCGCCAAACGGCGGUUGUAUGACACUAAAUGUGGACUUUGAGAGAGGAAAACACGUCGCUCGGCUGCUCAAUCCCACUCGGUGGACGUAGAAGGGGGCAGGUGCACCUUCCUCCCCCCCGCGGCACCUGCGGCUGAGUCUCUGGAGCUAGCUUUAGCUUGUUAGCGCUAGCAUCGAAAAGGACAAGCGGAGAGUUUACUUUUGGACGUUUUCCACUCCAAGUGUUUGUAAUUGCCGUUGAACGUCAGCCCACCAGACGGAGAGAGUUUGUUUACUUUCGCCUGGGUAUCGACCCCGGGUGAGUGGAGUGGCGAGGCGCUGGAUAAAGUUACAACUUGUUGGGACGCUCCUCGCCAAGGGACUUUGGACAGUGUCAGUCGCUCAGGCUGGGGAAUCCCCCUCCUUUUCAAAUCCGCCAUUUAAUGCAACAACAUGAGGAUUUGUAAAAGUCACUUUUUUGCUUUUCUGAUUUAAGACUUCGCACCCUAUGGUGUCAUUACGGCCACCGAGAAAUGGAUAUCUCGCAGGCCGCUUUCCCAAACGGUGAAGGGCGGCCGAGCGGUGGGGAUGGGGAGCAUGCCUGGACAGAUUGCCCCACGGUGCGGUCGUGGGCUCACUCGGCCCCGCUGUGCCCCACUCGCUCCUUGUGGACGGCCGCGUAUGACUACGAGGCUAGCGGCGAGGACGAGCUCAGCUUGCGCACCGGGGACGUGGUGGAGGUCCUCUCCAAAGACGCCGCCAUCUCCGGGGACGACGGCUGGUGGACGGGGAAGAUCAACCACCGGGUCGGCAUUUUCCCCUCCAACUAUGUCACCUACCAGCCUGCUAUUUACCGCCUGCCGGUCGCAAGCGUGCGGGAGCGAGUCCCGAGCUCGCCGGUCCAGAUCUCCUUCAGCGAGCUGGUGCUGGAGGAGAUCAUCGGCGUGGGGGGCUUCGGAAAAGUCUACCGGGGCACGUGGAAGGACCAGGAAGUGGCCGUGAAGGCUGCCCGGCAGGACCCCGAUGAGGACAUUACGGCCACCUCGGCCAGCGUCAAGCAAGAAGCCAAGCUCUUCUCCAUGCUGCAGCACCCCAACAUCAUCAAACUGGAGGGAGUGUGCUUGGAGGAGCCCAACCUGUGCCUGGUCAUGGAGUACGCCCGAGGGGGCACACUGAACCGGGUGUUGACGGGAAGGCGGAUCCCCCCGCACAUCCUGGUCAACUGGGCCGUGCAAAUUGCUCGAGGGAUGCACUACCUGCACGAGGAGGCCGUGGUGCGCCUGAUCCACCGUGACCUGAAGUCCAGCAACAUUCUAUUACUUGAAAAAAUUGAGAACGACGACAUCGGCAGGAAGACGUUGAAGAUCACAGAUUUCGGCCUGGCCAGAGAGUGGCACAAAACCACGAAAAUGUCGGCAGCGGGCACCUACUCCUGGAUGGCCCCUGAGGUCAUCAAGUCGUCUCUCUUUUCCAAAGGCAGUGAUGUCUGGAGCUAUGGCGUCCUGCUGUGGGAGCUGUUAACAGGGGAGGUGCCUUACCGAGGGAUAGACGGCCUGGCCGUUGCUUACGGCGUAGCAGUCAAUAAAUUAACCCUACCAAUCCCCUCCACCUGCCCCGAACCCUUCGCUAAGCUAAUGGAAGAGUGUUGGGACCAGGACCCUCACGUGCGCCCCUCCUUCUCCUGCAUCCUGGAGCAGCUGUCGGCCAUCGAGGAGGCGGUGAUGGCCACCAUGCCACAGGAGUCCUUCCACAUCAUGCAGGACGACUGGCGUGUGGAGAUCCAGGAGAUGUUCGACGAGCUCAGGACCAAAGAGAAGGAGCUGCGUUCCAGGGAAGAGGAGCUGACCCGGGCCGCCCUGCAGCAGAAGUCUCAGGAGGAAGAGCUGAAGCGGCGGGAGCAGCAGCUGGCCGAGCGGGAGAUCGACGUGCUGGAGCGGGAGCUCAACAUCCUCAUCUUCCAGAUGAACAAGGACAAGCCCAACGUGAAGAAGAGGAAGGGCAAAUUCAAACGCUCCCGCCUCAAACUCAAGGACGGCAACCGCAUCAGCUUACCCUCGGACUUCCAGCACAAGAUCACGGUGCAGGCGUCGCCCUCCAUGGACAAGAGGCGGAGCCUUCACAGCACCAGCUCCUCUCCUCCCAGCAGUCCCACACUCAUCCCCCGCCUACGAGCUAUUCAGCUGACAUCCCACGUGCAGAGGGACACUUUGUUUGUUUACCAGCAGGACGUCGACCUGACCAGCGAGUUCGCCGCCUUCUCGGGUCUCAGCGGCGAAGUCACGCAGGACGAGAGCAACCGCACGUGGGGCCGCAGCGCCCCCUUCAGGCCGGAGGAGUUUGACGAUGUGAAGAGGGGCAUCAAGAAGAAGGGGAGAACCUGGGGACCCAGUUCAGUGCAGAGCAAAGAGAGGCCCGCCGCCACCGAGAGAGUACGGCCUCUCUCAGACGGCAGCAACCCGUGGUCCACCAGUCUGGUCAAGUCCCAGAAGUCUGUCCCUCUCGCCGCCCUCUUUGCUGAGCAAGCAGGGGGCGGCAAAGACGAGCCGUUUCCUCCGGAAUGUCCCGACAGCAGCUCCAAGCCAAAGCAGCUCAAGUUCCCCAACCAGGUGUACAUAGAUCUACCUCUGUGGAGGGACGAGCAACAGCCCCCCAGCGCCAGCGGAGAGGUCGGGGUCGGGCCGGCGGCCCAGGGCGGCCCGGCGGAGAGCCCCGACGACCCCUACACCACCACGUCCACCUCGUCCGCCUCCACCACCCCGCAGCUCACGCCCACCAACAGCCUGAAGAGGGCGUCGGCACGCCGCAAGACGGACUCGGUGUUGUACGUCUGCGGCUCGCUGCUGGCCUCCGUGGUGCUAGGCUGCGACAUCAGGGAGGCGCUGAAGAACGGCGAGGACGGGGAGCCGCCGCCGCGGGAGGAGAAGGAGAAGAAGCGCAAGGAGGGCUUGUUCCAGCGCGCCACCCGGUUCCGCCGCAGCACCUCCCCGCCCAGCGGCCGCCCCCGCAAGGACGAGGCCUCUCCGAGCCACACCCCCAACCCGCACCUCAAUCUGGUCUCCAUGUCGGCCAUCGUGGAAUGUCAGUCCACCAAGUGUCUCCUGCAGUCGGAGGCGGAGGUGUCACAGUCCAGCCCCACCAAGUCGGAACCUCCUGCUGUCAAUCAUCACGGCCCACCCCUGCGGCUGACCCCGGCGGAAAAAAGCCAGACUCAAACCCAAAGUCCGCCGCCUGAGGUGACAAACCACAACACGGGGACGCGCCUCCGCCGCAAGAAAUACACCAACAACCAUGAUGCUAACGGCCCCCCCAGCCUGCCGCCGCCCGCCGUGCACAAGAAAGACGGCAAAACGAGGCCCGACAAGGACGCCUGCGCCCGACCUCGUCACGUCUCCUUCCGGGCCAAGUCCCACAACUGGGCGCUGCUGCGAAGCCACAAGAGCUACUCGCUGGGCCACUACUCAGGCGAGAAGACGGCGCAGAACCUCAACAUGGUGCUGUCCUCCCCCGACGUGGGCGUGGCCUGCUCACUGCUGGACAUGGACGCCGAGGGCCAGAAGCGGGACUGCACGGUGCCGCUGUGCCGCAUUCAGAGCUCGCCGGGGCGGCCGUCCGUCUUCGAGCUGGACAAGGAGUACCUCUCGUAGCUCCGAGCGUUCCAGGACAGGCUGAUGGUGUUUUUUUGGACACCAGAUGAUUCUAGAAGGUUCACAACCAAGCUGUCCUCUGUUUUGAGAAGGUUCAAGAGCAUCUUUGUCUUAGUUCAACAACAUAAUGACGUCGUUUUUUUCUCACCUUGCGCUCGCCGUCGCCCCCAAACUUACCUAAACAUGUCCGCCUCUGCUGCGUUCACAACACAAGUACUUUUUUUUUUUAAUUUAUAUGUCUAUUUUUAUAGAUAAUUUAACAGACGUACAUUCCACAGAAAUGUAAACACUUUAGAUCAUCACAAAUCACGCCUCAUUUUAUGUUGUGUUGUGACGCCUUCAUGCGGUUUAUGGGUUUUUUUUAACGCUCGUGUUCAAGCGCCGAGGACGGUGCGAGUGCUGGAUGGCAGCAGGAACAUGGUGAGUCACACAAGAGGGGAUGCGAGUUGAAGGACACGAGAAGUCCAAGUAGUCAAUGAAGGAACAGAAGGAAAACAGGAGUCCAUUUUGAUUUAGCUGGAAAGAAUUCCGAUGACUUUUCCCCAUCUCAAGACUUUCUGGAACCACACCUCAUGUAACAUGCACUCCAAAUGUGGCCACUUUAUUAUUAUUAUUAUUAUUAUUAUUAGGAAUUCUACCCGGGAACAGCAACCUCAUUGGUGUUUUUUUUUUUUUCAAUACUUGUAUUUCACCGACAUUCUCAGCCUCCGUUAAUGGCUCAAACACACACAUACACACACACACACGCCUCCGUGAGGACGGACUAUGCAGUUCCCAUCUCGUCAUACGUCAGUUUUGAUUGGAAAAGUAUUCCCAAACGGUGUAAAUACAAGUUAGACUCCCCAAUGAAGUCAUUUAUAAUGUGAACUCCCUGCCUUACUAAUCAUGUAUGUGUGCUACAGUGGGACUCAAACCCGCGGGCCAACACUGUGAAGCAAUACAAACAUUCCACUGUAGCCGUUUUCUCAUUAUGUCUUAUUUUUUUUUUUGUCUCUUUCUCUCUCUCCGUUAGCGAGGCGCCUAGUGGGACCAAAAUGAAUGCAACAAAAAAAAAAAAAACAGGCAGCACAGUAAGGACCAAAAUGUGAGCAGCUGCUACUUACUUACUGGCCCAGCUGGUUGUUGUGUACUUUGUGUACUCAGUUGUGUAGCAGUAUAGAAAGACUCCGAGUGACGUUGGCGUUAGCGCUUCCGAUCGGACGACACCACCUACACUUUUACAACCACGACCUUUGCCUUUCAGUGACUGUUUUUUUUUAUUAUUAUUGUUGUUGUUAUUAUUAUUAUUAUUACAGUAUUCCAUUGCCUGAUUGAUCAAGACUAUCAACAUGUUUUUGAAUAAAGUCUAAAUUAAGACUUGA